AUGAAACAAGCAGCUGAAAAGUCGGAAGCUGGUGCACGUAUCGUAGUGGGGAUCGAAGCGGCUUGUUCGUAUAAAAAGACAGAACAUGAAUGUCAGUGCAUUAAGAACAGAGCCGUGAAAAUGUCGUCGGAGGAGCCAUUAAUCGUCGAGAUGGUGUAUCUUUACGAGAAAGACAACGCGAAGCUGCAUCACACCAUCAAUUACGAAUUGGUGCACCUUGAACCAGCGACACCCGUCCUCAGGAGAGGCCAGUCUUUUCACGUAGCCUUGAGAUUCAAUCGAGAAUACGUAGACGAGACCGACAUCGUUAGACUGCUGUUCAAUUUUGGGCCAAAUCCGAACGUUCUUAGAGGAACCAGAGGGGUGAACACCAUUACCAACAGAGACAGUUAUUUGACCGACUUGGAGGCGUGGGGUGUUCGCUUGGUGGGUGUCAAUGGGGUUGAUUUGACCGCAGAAGUGAGAAGUCCCAUAGACAGUCCUGUUGGCAUAUGGCAGUUGAACGUGGAAACUACAGUCGUAGGGAGCAAAAGACACCCGAACACUUAUAAUUACGACAAGGAUAUUUACUUGCUGUUUAAUCCUUGGCUGAAAGAUGAUUUGGUGUACAUGGAGGACGAACAGCUCUUGGACGAGUACAUUUUGAACGAUGUUGGGAAAAUAUGGGUCGGUUCAUGGGGAAGUGCACGCGGCAGAGAAUGGGUGUUCGGUCAGUUCGAUGCCUGCGUGUUGAAAGCUUGUCAGUUGUUACUAGAAAGAUCCGGCAUCAAAGCUAAUUCCAGAGGGGACCCAGUCCAGAUGUGCAGAGCUAUUUCGAGAAUUGUGAACUCGAACGACGACCGUGGAGUGAUCGUCGGUCGGUGGGACGGGGACUACGCCGAUGGCACGGCCCCGGCCGCUUGGACCGGAAGCGUGCCGAUCCUCGAGGAGUUCCUCGAAACCGGCGACUCCGUGAAAUACGGUCAAUGCUGGGUGUUCGCCGGUGUCGUGACAACCGUGUGUCGCGCACUCGGCAUACCGUCCCGCGUUGUCUCGAAUUUAGUGUCGGCCCACGACGCGAACGCCUCGCUCUCCGUCGAUCGUUACUACAGCAGGAACAACGAGGAACUCGAAUACGAUCCGAACAACCUCGACGGCGAGGACUCGAUCUGGAAUUAUCACGUUUGGAACGACGUGUGGAUGGCCAGGCCGGAUUUGCCUAAGGGUUACGGUGGUUGGCAAGCGAUCGACUCCACUCCUCAGGAAACAUCGGACGGUGUGUAUCAGUGCGGGCCAGCCUCGGUCGAAGCGAUUAAACAAGGCGUCGUUGGAUACAACUACGACGUGACGUUCAUGCUGGCAUCGGUAAAUGCUGAUCUGAUGAGGUGGAUGGAGGAUCCCGACAGCGAGCUCGGCUACAGGAAGAUUGAUUGCAACAAGUAUCAGGACGGAAGUUGAACGACUGACAUUGUACAGAGCCGUGCGUAAUACUGAACUGGCCAAGAGAUUCUACUCGUUGCCUUCAUCCGCCAAGGAAGAUGUCGAGUUCGAUCUCGUGGAUAUCGAUCGAGUGAACAUCGGGCAACCGUUUGCUGUUAUAGUGAACAUGAAGAACAAAUCGAACGAGACACGCACUAUUCAAGCUGUUCUAUCUGCCGGCAGCGUGUACUAUACGGGAAUCAAGGCACAUCUGGUAAAGAGGGCGUCUGGUGACUUUGUUCUUAGACCACAAGCCACCGAGCAGUUGAAGCUCAGGGUUACGGUGGAUGAUUAUUUGGACAAGCUCGUGGAGUAUUGUAACAUGAAAUUGUAUUCCAUUGCCACGGUCAUGGAGACCAAACAGACAUGGGCUGAAGAGGAUGAUUUUCAGGUCUUGAAACCGAACAUCACAGUCAAGAUCGACGGCGAGCCUGUAGUAGGAAUACCAUCGACAAUCAGCCUCAGAUUCAAGAAUCCCUUGAAGAGGGUAUUAACAGAGUGUAAGUUCAAUUACGCUGGCCCAGGAUUAACAAGAAACAAAACUUUAGCGUUCCGAGACAUCGAUCCUGAGGAAGAUAUCUACGUAGAACAUCAACUGAUCCCCCAAAAGGCUGGUUCGCAGAAGAUCAUUGCCACUUUUACCUCUAGAGAAUUAGUCGAUGUCACAGGAAGCGCUGCCAUUGAGGUUCUUGACGAGGAGGAAUAAAAUCCCACCAAAUCAAAUUUUGUAAAGUAUUAAUUCACAUACAUGCUUCAUCGACUUAUUACUAGAUUUUUAUCGUGAUUGUUUAUACACACACACACACACAC